GCCCCGCCCCGCGCGCAGCGGUUGCCACGGGGACGGCGACGCCGCGGCCAUGUCGGACCUGAGCUCCGAAGAGGAAAGCGAGGAGCCCGAAGACACCCUGGGGGAGUAUGAAGGUGAACGCAAUCCAGAAGGUGAGCGACAUGGACGUGGAAAAGCACGUCUACCCAAUGGUGAUACGUACGAUGGAGAAUAUGAACAUGGUCUCAGAAGUGGACAGGGGACCUACAGAUUUAGAAAUGGUGCUCGCUACAUUGGAGGAUAUCUUCAAAACAAAAAGCAUGGCCAGGGUACUUUUUAUUAUCCAGAUGGAUCCAUAUAUGAAGGAGACUGGGUGAAUGACCAGAGACACGGCUAUGGAAAGUAUACGUACGCAAAUGGAGACAUCUAUACUGGAGAAUGGUUUAACGACAAUAGGCACGGUCAAGGUACAUAUAUCUACAAAGACACAGAAUCUAAGUAUAUCGGUGGUUGGGUAAAUGGAAACCAGGAAGGAGAAGCUGAACUUAUCCACCUAAACCAUAGAUUUAAGGGCAAGUUUGUGAAUGGAAAUCCUGUAGGUUAUGGCAAAUACAUCUUUGAUAUUGGAUGUGAGCAGCAUGGUGAAUACGUAAAAGCAGAGCAGGGUAAAGAGGAGGAAGAAGAAGAUGAAGACUCCUCAUUACUUGUUGUACCAAAAUGGAAAGCAUCAGAAAUCACCAAAUUUACGCUCUGGACUCCCCGUGUGGAAAACCCACCUUCUCCCAAAGAAGCCUCCCUAGUGGAAGCAACAACAGCAGAAGCAGGAGAAGAACAAGCAGUGGAAGAGGCAACAGCAGUAACUGAAGAAGAGAAAGUACCAUCAAUUACAGUCACUGAGGAGUCUGCUGAGGGUAGGGAUGAUGAGUUUUCUCUUCAUGAAGCAUCAAGUGAACUUUUUAGCCCAGCAAAGGAUGCAGGAGAGGAAAAUGUGAGAAGCAGAGAGGAAGAAGAAAACAAAGAUCAGGAGGAUGACGAGGAUCAGGAUGAUGAAGGAACUACUAGUUUAGAGGAUAAGGAGGAUGAAUCAAAGGAAGCAGAGUAAUUGGAUACAACUAAGGACAAAGAGCCAAAAAAAGGAAAUUUCAGAGUGAAUUAUUUAUUAUGGUAAACCUGCAAUAUUUUUAUUCAUAAAAGGUUAAGACAUUUUGAAUAAACAUUUCUGUCACUGUUCUGCCUGGAAUAAAUAUCUCUGAAACUUUUAUGAUCUCAGAGGGUGCAGUCUUAGGACGACUUUAUUCCAUAUAGCAGGUAAUCAGUUGCUGAAAUCAGUAUGGGAUUAUUCUGGAUUCAUGAAGUUGGGUCCACAUAAGUUUGCACAAGCAGAUUCAAUCUUCUCCCACUAUUUGUAGUUCUUCUCUUCCUUGAACCUUGCCUCUGGGCGCAGAGCUUGCUUGCUUGUGAAGACAGAGACAAAGGGAGCAUUGGGCUUCCCAGCUCUGUCUGGGAAGAUAGAGCCCUGUUGCUAGACCAUCAACUAUAGGCCUACGUUUUCCUUGUUUAUUUUUUUAUCAUUCAUGUAGCUGUAGAAGCUCUUGUUGCUCUAAAUCUCCCGUUCCCAGUUUGAACUCAAACUGAAUUUUGCUUUCCUAACAUGCUAGUGCAGGUUUUUAAAUUCUCCCUUUGCAGUCUGUUUUUGCUUCCAUUUUCAGACUAUAGAAUUGUUUAGAUUGUAAAGGGCCUUGAAGAUUUUAGAGUCCAACUGCAAACCUAACACUGCCAAGUCCACCACUAAACCAUGCCCCUAAGCACCACAUCUACAUGUCUUUUAAAUACCUCUGUGGAUAGUUACUCAACCACUUCCCUGGGCAGCUUGUUCCAAUGCUUGGCAACCCUUUUGAUGAGGAAAUUUUUCCUAAUAUCCAGGCUAAAUCUCCCCUGGUGCAACUUGAGGCCAUUUUUCCUUGUCCUAUCACUUGUUACUUGGGAAAAGGGACCGACACCCACCUCUCUACAACCUCCUGUCAGAUAGUUGUGAGCAGCAAUAAAUUCUCCCCUCAGCCUCCUUUUCUCCAGACUAACCAAACCCAGGUCCCUCAGCCACGCCUAAUAAGACUUGUGCUCCAUCCCCUUCACCAGCUUCAUUGCCCUUCUCUGAACAUGCUUCUGUGCCUCAAUAUCCUUGUAGUGAAGGGUACAAAACUGAGCACAGCAUUCGAAGUGUGGCCUCACCAGCAGUGAGUACAGAGGUACAAUCACUUCCCUAGUUAUGCUGAUCACACUAUAUCCAUCUGAUACAAAAUUUAGUAUUUUCUAUGUGUUGCUACUUAUUCAGUGUAUUCUGUAUAUUACUACUUGGGGGGGGUGUUGCAGCACAGUUCAGAGUUUUUCAUUUACUUUACUUGGAGCCUUCUGUGUAAAGCUGUUUAAAGGAGACUGUCAACUGAUUAGGGUGAGGAAGUGGAUCUGUAAGAAAUUCCCAGCACUAUGCAACAAUUAAUACCCUUGCUGAUCCACAAGUUCUCAAACAGCAUGUUGGCUAUAGUACAGGAGAGCUCCAUGCAUUUAAGCUGUUUCUUCCCAUAGAAAACUCUCCACCUCAUUUUCCCUUUCUGUCUUUACUAAUGAGCCGUUAAUUUAUUGGAGACCUCCAGCCGUGUGAGCUGCCACACUGUGUUUCAGUUUUUCCAGGAAUGUCACAGUUCUGCACCUGCACACAGAGCAGUUCCUAGUUCUUGCUUUUUGUUUCCCAGGCUGGAUCCAUCUAUAUACAUACACAUGAGGUGGGCUCCUUUUGACUUGUUUUACCUUGCCCAAGGUGUGUCUUGCUCUUAUUAUCUUAUUAUCUUGCCGCAUUUAUUUACCACCCCUGAACUCCAUUCCUUCACUUAAUGUAAGCAGUUACCACCAUCCUUCAAGGUGUCAAAUUUACAUUUCUCUUCACCAGAUUUACAAACCUGUUGGCAAAGGAACUAACCCCACUUAGUUAGAUCUUGUUCCUGCAAGAGGGACCCAUAGUGAUGGAAGCCAAAGGACUACCUGUGGCAAGAGCCAUGUGAUCACUUGUUUACCUCUCAGGACUGCAUUCCCUCCUCCUUGACCUCUUCCCAAGGAGGAUCAAGGGGACAUCCUGUGAGUUUCCAUGUCCUUUGCCACCCAGAAUCCUGAAGUUCCUCUUGUUUUGUUCCAGGUGUCCUUCAGCGGUAUCACUGAUGGUAAUACUGAUGAGCAAUGAAGGGUAACAGUCAGGGGACUGGAUGAGCCUUGGCCAACUCUUUACAACCACCAGUAUCUGAGUAGCUCUGUGGUGCUGGACCUAGGAGUCCUGGUGGACAACAAGUUGAUGAUAAGCCAGCAGUAUGACCUCAUGGCCAAGAGGGCCAAUGGUAUUCUAGGUUGCAUUAAGAAGACUGUGGCUAGCAGGUUGAGGGAGGUUAUCCUUCCUUUCUACUCUGUCCUAGUGAGGCUGCAUCUAGAGUUCUGUGUCCAGUUCUGGGCUCCCUAGCUCAAGAAAGACAAGGAACUACUGGAAGGAGUCCAGUGGAGGGCCGCAAAGAUGAUUAGGGUACCGGAGCACCUCUCUUAUAAGGAGAGGCUGACUAAGCUCAGUCUGUUUAGCCUGGAGAAGAGAAAACUGAGACGGGAUCUUAUCAAUACGUAUAAAUAUCCAAAGGGCAGGUGUCAAGAGGAUGGGGCUAGACUCUUUUCAGUGGUGCCCAGCAACAGGACAAGGGGCAACAGGCACAAACUGGAACACAGGAAGUUCCACCUGAACACAAGGAAAAUCUUCUUUACUGAAAAUCUUCUUUACUGGUGACAGAGCAGGCUGCCCAGAGAGGUGUAAUUUCUUUCGCUGGAGAUAUUCAAAGCCCGCCUAGACAAGUUCCUGUGCAACCUGCUGCAGGGGAACCUGCUUUGGCGGGGAGGUUGGACUGGGUGAUCUCCGGAGGUCGCUUCCAACCCCAAGAAUUUUGUGAUUCUGUGACAAAAAACCAGUCUGGCACCUUAGUCAGCAGACAACUAACUACUGAACAUUUAGCUCCUUUUAAAUCAAGAACCUGUCAAUCAGGAAGCAGCCAGCAGGAGACAGCAGCUGUAGAAGGCCCCUAGAAGUGUCAAGAAACAAAUGGAAUUAUACAAAGAGUUAAAAGUACAGGGAAAAGCAGAGCUGCACAAAGUAUUGUACAAGCGUUAAAUGCCAUGGGAAGAUCUUUUUUCCUCUUUUGCAGGUGAAUGAAGCUGCUCUUAAACAUUUUUCCUGAUAAUAUGAAAGCUAAACCUUAAUUAUGAACAUAUAUAUCUGUCUGACUUUAAGUGAUUCUCUCAUACUGUGAGAAUAUUGAUAUGAAUGUUGAUGGACCUUGAGCCUGAGGUAGGCAGUUGCCAGACAGCAGCAGUUUGCUUUUGAAAUAAAAUAACUGGGUUUGGUCCAGUUGGGAUGAAAACUGUUACACUGAUAUUGCUGAAACAAUGCCUAUAUUUUUUUAUUCUUCACCUUAGGGCAGGAAAUCUAUACUAAAAAUGUAGUUUAGGGGAAAAAGGGAAAACAUUUUAACAAGUUCCUUUUCUCAACAGCUUACAAUUUCAGCAAAGAUAUGUCCAGAAGUCUGAAAAGUAGUGAUAAAAAAGGAUUAAUAGAAAGUAGAGAUAAGGAAACAAGUCAUAUCAACAGCGUUUAUUACUUCUUCCUGAGAAAAUUUUUAUGCACUCUUUCUCUUCCUGUCUUACACGUAAUUUUGUUUGCAAGUUUUUGUUACACUGAUUGUGACAUCAAUGAGCAUUUUUAAAGGUGGAUAUAUUUUCCUAUUUUUGCUUUCUGUGGCAAAGAGAAGUUCUGAAUUUCUAUUAUUACUGCAGCUAGAUCAAAGCAAAGUUGGCUUGCUAAUGUUGAGGGGGGUUGGUUUUUUGCUAAAAACCUAAAAAUCAUUAAUUUAAUUGCUAGUUUUAUUGCAUCCUACUGUAAAUUUAAGAAAUAUCUGCACAGCACGUUUCCCAGCUCAUUUCCAUUUUAAGGUAAUCUUCAGUUCAGGCUGAGUUCAUUCUUUGGUGAUCUAUGAAAUUACCUUCUUCCCUGCAGCAGCCAGUACUGUACAGUUUAUUAGUACAGGAGGGACCUCCAGUGGUAUACCUGCAAAAAUUGCAUUCUGUCUGGAAUACAACCAAGAACAGCUAAGAACACCUGGAAGUCUCCGGUGUUCUAAAAAGUGCUCCGAAGACGAUGGCUUGCUGCUUUUGGAGAUCAUCAGUGCUUUUGUCAGAGGAGACAUUUCAUUACACUGUGUAGAAUGAAAAUGCUACAGUUGUAAGCCCUGGUUGUCCAAACACUUGAUUACACAAAUAGUUCCAUUAAGGAGGCACUUUCAAGUGGAUCAGUUUAAAUGCUUUUAACAAUAUGGUUUUGAUUUUAUUUCCUUUUAUUUCCUUUAUUUCCACAGAGAUAGGAAAUGCUACCUCCUGGUUAUCCUCAUAGAGAACCCAGGAAGCUCAGGGAGAUACCAUUUGGAGGUUUUUCUCCAAGUUUUGCUCCUAAGUAGGUGUUAGAAUUGAGAGGUCUGAAGUGCUCUCCUGACCCUUUGCAAUCUCCACAGAAAACUGGACAGUAGAAUUAUAUGACUCACUAAGUCCUUCCUAUUCCCCAUAGUACAAUCUUCCAUUUGUUUGCAACUUUCAUGCUGUUCUCAAGCUCAAAGAGUCAUGAACCUUUUAAUUUUUAAUCACCUAUUACAGAAAGCACUAAAAGAUCAAGACCAGGCCCAUACAUUCUCCUGAACUCACAAUAAACAGCUGCAUAUAGUUUUCAGAAAAUUUCCUUUUGUUUUGGAGCAUUUCAAUAACAAAGCUCUCAGGAUACAGAAAAAAAUCUACUCAACUGCCUUACUCCCCACUUGAUGACAUAAAAUUGCGCAAAGUGAAUAGAAAUAAUUACUGUGCUGAGUCAGUAGAAUUGCACA